AUGCGUUUUUCCACAAAGCACAAGAAGGGCUUGGAAAAGAAGCAGACAAACAAUGCAAAAGCAGUGGGUGCAGAGCCCAGGCCACCAGGACCCUUGAGAAGCCUAGGGGAGGUUUGGCCCAAGAGGCAGAAGAGCGCUACUAGCAAGUUCUGCCCACUUGCCUUCAUCAGCUGCUCCAAGCUUGGGAAGCGGACUCCUGCCUACAUGGCCAAGGGUCACGGGCUCUGCCAAUCGAAGGCCCAAGCCCAAAUCAAAGUUGGGGCUGCAGCUCUGGCUCAGGCCCAGGCUUCAGUUCCUGCACUGGCUCCACCUCCAGUUUAG